AUGAUCGGGGUGGCCAUUCUAGGCGGAGGUAUGGAUCUUGACCUGGGUAUCUUCGCUCGAGAGGAGCACAAGCCGGCCGUCGAAGCGUCCAAGGACUUGACGCUCAAGGCUGUCUACUCCCGCUCACUCAAAUCGGCAAAGACGCUCGAGGUGGACGAAUCCAAGGUUGAUCUCUACUCGGACGACUCGGGCGCUGGCAAAUCUUUGGACGACCUUCUGGCCCGCUCGGAUAUCCAAGCAGUCAUCAUCGCCCUGCCGAUCAAGAACCAGCCAGACUACAUUCGCAAGGUCUUGUUGGCAGGCAAGCAUGUGCUCUCCGAGAAGCCGGUAGCGGAGAAUGUAAAGGACGCCGCAGAACUCAUCAAAUGGUACCGGUCAGAGAUCGAACCGAAAAAGGUGACAUGGGCCGUCGCCGAGAACAUCAGAUACACGAACUCGUUUAUUCGAGCCGGGGAGGUCGUGCAGACCAAGGGUCGGCAAUUGACUUUCAGAUGCCGAUUGCAGACACUUGUUGAGGGCGGGAAAUACUUUGAGACUGAAUGGCGUAAGAAUCCAACGCAUCAGGGUGGAUUUUUACUAGACGGCGGCGUACACUUUACUGCAGGACUCCGGUUGAUGAUGGGCAAAGACAAUCCAUUGGUCACGCUGUCCGCUCACUCUGCACUGCUUCAAGAACAUCUCCCUCCAGUCGACACCGUUGAAGCUACAGCAAAGAGCAAGAACGGGACGGUAGGAACGAUAUCGAUCUCAUUUGGAACCACUCAUAAGGGGAGUGAAUGGGCUGUGGGCUGUGAGAAAGGCUCCGUCAGCCUUUCGGGCAACAAGGUCACGUAUGACGAUAAGACUGAAGAGGUCCAGGAUGAAAGGACAGGUGUGCCGGGCGAAGUGAGGGCGUGGGGAGAAGCUCUAGCUGCUGGGAAGGUCAAUGAGAGUCAAUCCCCAGAAGAAGCUCUGGCGGAUCUGGAGCUGAUUGAAGCUAUGUUGCGAAGUGGCGAGCAGGGAGGAGUCCCGAUCAAAUUAGAACACCAAGCACUGUAG